AUGUCUGAUCGAUCUGCUACCAGGUCUUCUUCGAUCUCUGCAUCUUCGGAGCAAGAUGAGGAGGGGCCUGGAGAGCAUGACGAAGAUGAAUAUGAUAAUGAUAAACAGAUCAUUCAUAGUAAUUCAAACUCUGAAUCACAAUCUCCUAUUGAACUAAUAGCAUCCCCUCAACAAAAGGAAUCUCAAGAUAUAGUACAUGACAUACCGUUCACUUCCUACUAUUAUAAAUUUCCCAAACAAUAUAGAGCUCUUGCAUACAAAUAUUCUGUCUUUGUCACUUGGGCAAUCAUUGGGAAUUAUACUAGAUUAGGUAUCUCUAGACUAGCUGAAUAUUCUCCAUCGUAUAUCGCUUCAGGAACAGUAAUAUGGUCAAAUAUUGUAGCUUGUAUCAUCAUGGGUAUACUACAAGAAUUGAAAACAGCUAAAUGGUUUGAUGAUUUUCCAGAAUUAUUUUUAGCCUUAACAACAGGGUUUUGUGGUUGUCUUUCUUCAUAUUCCUCUUUUAUCUUAGAGCUGUUUGAAUAUUCUACGGAUUUAACUUCUUCAGAUAUCAAAGGUCAUAAACACUGGCCUAAUAGAGCCUAUGGUAUAAUGGAAUUUUUAUCUGUCUUAACAUUGGAAUUAUUAGUUUCAAUGGGUUCAUUAAUCUUUGGUAGAAAAUUAGUCACUGAUUUGUUUUAUCAUCCGGAUUAUUUAAAAAAUUUCUUUGAUCAUGGUAAUUGGAGAAACACUUUUCUAAGAUAUAUGAAUUUCCUCUCAGCUGUCUUAUGCUUACCUAUCAUCGGAAUGCUAAUUGUUUUAGUAUUAUGCUAUAAUACAUAUGCUCGUGGGAAAUGGACUUUACCACCUUUCUUUGGUAUAGUAGGUGCCAUCUUGCGUAUGAAAUUAUCUGAUUGGUUUAAUGCAAGAAUAGCUCAAUUCCCUAUUGGAACUUUUAUCGCUAAUGAAUUGGCUGUGAUUGUUAUUUGUGUCUUGACUUUGAUUCAAAAGGGUAAAAGACAUUCUGGAUCCGCUUUACAUAUGAAACCGAUCGCUCAUACUUUAAAACAAUGUCGUGUAGUUACCGCUAUAAUAUCUGGGUUCUGUGGUAGUUUAAGUACCAUUAGUACAUUCAUAAAUGAGGGUUAUAAAUUACCUUUGCCAGAUACCCUAUUGUAUUAUACCACAUCUAUUUUUAUCUCAUAUGUCUUAGCAGUGCUUUUACUGGGUAUUUUCUCAUGGACAAGAGGCCUAACAGACCCUGUUUGCUAA